AUGAACAAAAUUGUGCCUUAUUUGUUGUCGGUGGUUGUAGUGAUCGCCUUAUUCAUCUCGCAAAGCGAGGCUAAGAGUUUGAAACUCAAGGGCGGAGCAUGUUAUCAACAAUAUGAUUACCCUCUCUACAAGCAAUGCGGACAAUCCUGGUCUAGCGACAUUAUCUACACUGACACCAUUUGCAAGAGUGGAUGCCUUUUAACCUCCAUGACCAUGGCCUUAGACGGAAGAGGCUUGGCUUCAUUUAACCCAGGACAAUUCUUGAGUUGGCUCAAAAGUAAUGGAGGCCUUUCUGGUAAUCUCUUUGUUUGGGGAUCCGUUCGACCAUUCGGACUCAGCUACAACGGAAAGGUUAGCUCUACCAGUUCUAUCGUCAGUAAUAUUUGCAAUGAUAAUGUCGUCUUUUUGAAUGUCAGAAACGGAGGUCAUUGGGUUCUCGCAACCGGUUAUGACGGAUAUUCUUUCACUGUGAAUGAUCCUGGUUACUCUCGUUCAUCUUACUCUCCUUCUGAAGUGACUCAAGCCGCCAUUUAUAGUUAA